GAAAAAUAUCGUUGUUUUUAGGUAAAUUUAUUCUCAGUAAUUAUCGCUAGAUCAAAAUGCCGGACUGGACGUGGCUGGUGUUUGCCGCGGUGUUCGGAGCAGUUUCUGCUCUCUCCGUUCCUCUGGUACUGCUCAUUUACUUCGUGAGACCAUUUGAGAAGAAAACACAGGCAACUGAAGAUUACAGUCUACCUAUCACAUUGCCACCGGAGGUCCUGAACGAGCUUACAAGAGGAUUGGGGAGUUCUCCAGAAGGUGCUCUAAACACGAUGCUGCAGUUCAUCUUUCAACAAAGCACGGCUGACACGCGUUGGCUGCGCAGACGCAUGGCCACUGAACUUGCGGAGCUGCUCGCCAAAACAUCUUCUGGAAAGAUCUUUGAGUCUUUGACGCUGCGGUCCCUUGAAGUGGGCACGGAGUUUCCCAGCAUCACAAACUUGAGGCUCCAGUCUGGUGAAUUGGAAGAGGAUGGGGCGCGACUGAGGGCUUUAGACCUGAAGUUCGACCUGGCGUAUGACGGCAACUUCAGAAUCGAUGUCGACGCUGUCAUGUUACUUGGGAAAAUCGCAAACAUAUCUAUAACUGUGGAAAGCAUAAGCGGCAAUGUGAGAGUGAUGUUCCGUCGCAAUCCAUACACUCAUUGGGCUAUAGCCUUUGAGUCACCACCGAAACUUGAACUCCGAGUCCGAGGCAGGUUUCAGGGCAGACAGAUCAAGCCUAGACUGGCUUCAUUAGUCGCUGCGCACAUAAGACGAGCGGUAGCACAGAGGCAUACGUUGCCUAAUUAUAAAAUACGGUACAAACCCUUCUUCCCGAAGUCAGACCCUGGCAGUACGGAAGGUGAUGAAGGACCGUGUCCACACGGCCGGUUGACAGUUCGAUUGAUGGAAGUCACAAGGCUGCAAUGGUCUGGCGGACCUGCGACUGUACGCGCAGCCUUAGCUGUGGACUCUCAUGGAUGGGUAUCACUUCGCCGCGGUGUUCUCGUUCUUGACGUGGUGUUGCCAGCCGUAGCCGGGCCGCUAGGACUCGUGUGUUGCCAGGGUGUGGGCGCUGUGUUAGUAGACACUGUGGUGCCAAUGUCGCCUGCUUAUCGCGCUGACCUACGCCGUGAUGACGUCGUGCUGGCUAUUGAUAACAAGCCUGUUAAUAAUGUGGCGCAGGUUGGUAAACUCCUCCGGCUAGUAGAACGCCGUGCGGUAACAGUACGAGUGAAGCGCGGCGGUAAUGGCGCCGGAGUAAGGCGAGACGAGGCGAACGAACCGAAGCGUAUAAAGCCCAACUUCUCAUUUAGACGAGUGUCUGAAGUCAUGGAGGGAGUCAGGCUGCAAGGCAUGAGGGCAGCAGCUUCUAAGAGCAAUUUACAGGAACCGGAAUCAAGUCCAGCAAAAACAGUAGAACCACAAAAUGAGACUGAUGCACAAGCCAAACCUAAAACAGAAACCACACGACAAUCGAAGUCAUCCGAACAGCCCUCGACUAACUUCGGUCUUCGGAAGCGACGCUGCUCCGUUGAAAAUAAGUCUUCCGACAGCUCAGCUGGUAGCACUCCACCAGCUUCGGGGGCGAGUACCCCUCUAAGACAAGCCAACGUCAUCAACAAGACAGUGAAACACCCAGACAUACCCAUCAUCAGAACUGACUCCUCAGAGUGUAGGAUACCAGAAAAAGAGACGAAUGAAGAAGACGAACAAAUGUUCGAAGUUGGAGGACCACGACAAUGCGAGCAUGUAGAGAUAUGCCAAAUGUUCUGGACUAAAAACACUCCUUUAAAGCCAAUAAUACCUUUUGACGAAGAGACGGAAUUCAAAUUGAAUGAAAAUCAUAAAUAUUUGAACAUCAAUGUUUGGGCCACCGUGGCUGGUGAGAAAGAGGAGAUUUUGCUAGGAUACUUGAAUAUACCACUCACAGCUUUACUGGCUGAGUGCCAGGACUCUACCGUGCCACAUCAUAUGAAGAGAUACCAGUUUUUGCCGCCAGAUGUCGAUAUAAAGUUCAGCAAAAGCCACAAGCUAUCAUCUCACGCGGGCUUCGAACCCUGCCUAUGCUUCGGAGAUGCACUUGUCUGGUGGGAGUGGGAGGGGCUUGGCCCAGGUCGUGCGACCCCUAGGACCAGCCGCGACCCCGUAUUACCCAGACCCCCCAAACCGACCAGGACCAGUCAUGACUUCGUGCGAACACACUUCCAUAGAUCUACCCAAUGUGAUUUCUGUAAUAAGAAGAUUUGGUUGAAAGAUGCGAUGCAGUGUCGAAAUUGUGGUCUCUCCUGUCACAAGAAAUGCGUCACCAAAUGCCAGGAGUCUUCGCCCUGCAUUCCUAAGGAUAGAGACUCAACUAGUACAAUGAACUGCCCACCUCCGGAACUGAUCAUGACCGAAGCCGAUACCAUUGCUGACCCUGACUCUGACGAUGAACCCGAGAGAAAAGACUCCCUAGAUGUCCACGAAGAGGUUCCUUCAACAGCCGAAACAUCGAUCAAAAGUGCCGAAGUCAUCGUUCAAAAAACUACCAUCAAUGCCCCUGCUGAAAAUGACUACCUCGACGCUUCCGUGCAACCUACGGUAGAGGAAUCAUCAAUUUCUACAUUUUCAAAGGUUCUCGAAAUUUCAAAUGACUUGGGAAAUUACAUCAACAAGAAACUGAGUGAUACCGAAAAACGUCUGAUUCUUGACAAGGGACCUUUGAAACCUCCGGGACCUUUUCCGAAGGACCCCCACCAAGACAACAGGAGCUUUUCAGAAACGUAUUACGUUUCUACGUCACAAUACGGUCCAGUUGAUCGUUUUUGGAUAUGUUACUCCAAAAUGCUGGAUGCUGCCUACUGCCAACCGUGUUGGUUGUUCGCUUCGCAAAUAAAUGCAUGGUGCACUGGAUUUCGGGACUGGAGGCAUUUAUCAGACAGAAUCAAGCAACAUGGUUCCUCGAAAGCACACACGGAGGCGUGCGCUGUAUAUGAAGCGUGGCAAAAAAGUUCCACCAUCGACAGAGAACUUGAAGAUGAAAUUCGCAAAGAAGCAUCAUUUUGGAGACAAGUUCUUCGCAGAUUAUUUGAUAUUAUAAUUACUCUUGCGAAGAGUUCUUUGGCUUUGAGAGGACAUCGAGAGGAUCUGAGUGAGGGAGGAAACCACGGAAAUUUUCUCUCAAUUGUCCAACUCGUCGCUAGAUACGACCACAUCAUGCGUCAAGUUUUGGAUAUGCCCAAAGGAUCAACAAGAUACCUGAGUGCAACGAUUCAAAAUGAAAUGAUCGAGUGUUUGGGCACAAAACUCGAGAAUCAUUUGUUGGAUCGAAUUAGGGCGUCACCGUUUUUUGCCAUCAUCAUGGAUACCACGCAGGACAUAUCAAAAGUGGAUCAACUGAGCAUUGUCGUAAGAUAUGCAGUGAUAUCAAGAUCGGAAAAUGGACAACCAAUCGACAUUGAAGUAAGAGAGGUAUUUCUAGGUUUCCACGCAGUCAUUAAACACAGCGCCGCGGAUUUGGUAAAUCAAGUUACUACGUUGUUCUCCGAAAAGGGUCUUGAUUUUAAAAAGUGUGUUGGGCAAGGUUACGAUGGGGCCAGUGUAAUGAGUGGUGCGUAUACUGGUGUGCAAAAACAAAUUAAAGAUAUUCAGCCAAACGCAGAGUACGUACAUUGCGCCAGUCAUAAUUUGAAUUUAAUCAUAAAUGAUGCCGUUCGAGGUUCCGCCGAAAUUCAGAAGUUUUUUGCAACAAUUCAAGACUUAUUUAACUUCUUUGGAAACAGCAUUAAGCGCUGGGACCUUUUAUCGAAAUUCACCGGUGAAUCAGAAAUUACUUUGAAAAAAUUGAAUCCAACAAGAUGGUCCAGCAGGGUUAAUUCAAUAACUGCAGUCAAACUUCGUUUUUUCGAUAUCAUCAAAGCAUUGUCCGAAAUAACGCUGAAGAGUUCCAGUAAAGACGAACGCAGUGAAGCAGAGAUUAUAAAAUCAAAAAUGCUGAAUUUCGAGUUUGUAUUUCUUUGUGAAUUCAUGCACAGCGUAUUGAACAAUAUCAAUUAUGUUUCCAAAGUUUUGCAAAAACGUGAUAUCGUUUUGGACGAAGCGAGUAAGGCUUUGGACGAAACAACGGAUAAAUUGAAAAAGUAUAGAAAUGACUUCGAGUCCUUCAAGUCCAAGGCCAUUGAAACCGCAAGAAAAUACGACAUCGAUCCUACCUUCCUAGAAAAGCGACGAAGAAAAACUAAAAAGCAUUUCGAUGAAUUGGCUUCUGAUCACCGAUUCGAAAACCAGGAAGAAGUCUUUAGAGUAACUAUUUUCAACAGUGUACUCGACAUAAUAAUCAAUCAGUUAGAUGCGCGUUUUAUAGGUGGUGGAGCGAUGAGCGCGCUAGUGGCUGGACUACGACGCGCCGGUUCCGCCCAUUCCUUAUCUGCGCCCAAAACCAACGCAUCUUCAAGGUCCUUACCACCAUCUCCUAGUCACACACCCAGGAAGCAGUCGCUGGAGUCGUGCAACCCGUUCGGCGCGUGCGGCGCGACGUGGCUGGCGAAGGGCGGCGUGAGCGCCAUGCUGGCGCCGGCCCUGCGCAGCGCGCUGCCGCCGGACGUGUUGCUCGCGGCCGCGCGGGACUCCGCGCCUGAGCUCGCCAGCCGCCUCACCGCGCAGCAGAUUCAUGACAUGCUACAAGCUGUUCGUGAAGAGUUAUCAGCUGAAGACGCGAGCAGCGCGGGCGACGCCAAUGGCGGGGAGCUCCGCGCAUGCGCACUGACCGCGCUCAUGUUGCACUGCUGUGCGGCCGCGCAACUCGCCCAGCAACGCGCCGACAACGCGCCCACUUGA